AACUAACCGUCAGUACAUAUACGUACGUGUGUAUGAAGACCGCGGUCUUCUUUCCCGAUUCGAGUUUGGAUUCAGUAUUCUGUCGUGAAAACUUCAGUUUCAUUUCGUUUGAAUCGUUCGAUAUUCGCAGACAUCGUGUUCGAUCAUGGCUCAGGACAAUCUCACCGGUAUUCUCUACGGUAUUAAUGACAUACGGCUGGAACAAACUGCUAUCGAGGAGCCUGGCCCUAAUGAGGUACUCUUACAAAUGAGUUGCGUCGGCAUCUGCGGUUCCGAUGUUCAUUAUCUCGUGAAUGGGAAAAUCGGUGACUUUGUAGUGCGCGAACCCAUGAUCAUGGGCCACGAAUCUUCCGGUGUUGUCGCCAAGCUGGGAAAGGAUGUGAAGAAUUUCAAGGUUGGUGACCGUGUGGCUAUCGAACCCGGCGUGCCUUGUAGAACCUGCCGAUUCUGUAAAGAAGGCCGUUACAACCUGUGCGAGGAUAUUGUGUUCUGCGCUACCCCUCCGGUGCACGGAAGCCUCAGACGUUUCUACAAACACGCGGCCGACUUUUGUUUCAAGUUACCUGACCAUGUGACGUUGGAAGAAGGUGCAAUGUUGGAACCUUUAUCGGUGGGGGUGCACGCCUGUAAACGGGCGAAUAUCGGCAUUGGCAUGAAGGUGUUGAUUUUAGGUGCCGGACCGAUCGGGCUAGUGUCGUUGCUGGUAGCCAAAGCUAUGGGCGCCAGCAAGAUCGUUAUUACCGAUUUGGUGCAGCACAGAUUGGACAUCGCGAAGAAACUCGGUGCCGACGAAACGCUUUUGAUACGCAGGGAGGGCACGGAGGCUGAAACCGUGAAGAAAAUUCACGAGCUAGUCGGAGAGGAACCGGACAGAACGAUCGACGCGUCUGGAGCUCAGUCGUCGAUUCGCUUGGCUAUUCUUGCAACGAAAUCCGGCGGUGUGGCAGUUUUGGUAGGCAUGGGAGCACCAGAGGUCCAAAUCCCGUUGAUUAAUGCGCUUAUCAGGGAAGUGGAUAUCAGAGGCGUGUUUCGAUAUGCUAACGAUUACGCCGAUGCAUUGGAUCUUGUGGCUACAGGGAAGGUAGACGUGAAGCCACUUAUAACUCACAAUUAUAAAUUGGAGGACACUCUGGCAGCGUUUGAGACUUCGAAAUCGGGACAAGGGAAUGUCAUCAAGGUUAUGAUACAUUGCAAUUAAAAAACGGACGUUCAACGAGAAAGACACCAGUAUACAUAGACCGCCUUGCUCACCUUUUAUGCGAUGAGAAAGUUCGGUAACUGUCCACUUGUGACGAAAACUGAACGAAAUCUCUUUUUCUAAUCAUUCGAGACUGUGAAUCCUUGCACCUGCCGAAAGUAUGUUUGAGCCAAAUAAAACGCACCCUGACGAGUAGGGAACAUUGGUCGUGUUCCACGUAAGAAUAUAAUUAUUGAAAUUAUAUACACAGAUCAUAGUAAUUAAAAUAAAAUUAAAAGACUUAUUUUUUUAGUAAUAUUACCAUGAUAUUAUCAUGUGCUUGCGAUAUUAGAACGCAUCACGAUAUUGCCGAACAAUGCUGUCGUACGCGGCGGGUAUACAUAUAGGUAAAUAUCGUAUUUGUAUACAUACAUAUACGCGUACGCUCCAUAAGCGAUGCAAAUAGUGCGCGCAAAAAAAUUUCCUUUUCCUUUAAGUCAAGAUUUUGGCACUCCUUAUUCGCACCAAAUCCAACUUACGAUUCGCAGGAUCAAGAUGCGGACUCAAAGAUGCGAUUCUGCGUUUCAUCGAACCGAGGGUUUAUAAAUUUCCCUUACAUAAAUAACAGCAUGUUUUCAUCGAUAGUACCUUCGUUACAUUUGC